AUGACGGGCAUGUUGUUAAGUCGUACGAGUUGACGACUGUACCAUGAGACCGGCUUCUCAUUCACGCUUCAUUCUAGCUUUGGUUACAACGCGUUUAAAAAUGGUUUUAUCUUUGGGGUUUCGCAAGACUUUUUUCUGUCAUGAAUUAAUUAAUUGAUCAUACGAAACCACGCGUUCAGACUCCUUAAAAGUAAUUCCGUGAACGUAUAUGGGUAUCAUCGUAUUUUAACCCUUUCACGAUCAUAAGAUUUCAAGGACUGAAUAAUCCAAUACAGUACUAUUGUUAACAUAACCGUCAGAAGAUAUAUUUUUUAUUUGUUUAGAAAUAAAUUUGGAGAAAUUAUUUUAAUUUCGGGGGGAUAUGUAACAAAUUUCAUAAAUGGUAAAAUAUUUUACAUGAUCCUGCAAGGGUUAACAUACCAAACACCUAGCCAAAUCAUCUAUGUUUAGUGGGAGACUCACGAAAAAUAAACCAAAACGAAAUUCGCGAGGAGCCAGAUAACGUCGCUUCGAUAAUUUUGGUGGAAUUUAUUCGGUCAAACCAUCGAUGCAUUAGUUUCUUUUUCUAACAUCUCAAGAAACGCUUCCUAUGGCUUUAAAUCUUGAAUGUAUUCCAUUGAAGAAUUAAUUUUUUAUUAUUAUUUUAAUGUGACAUUCAUAUGAGGUUAGGCUUUUAGUGCAAGUGAAGUGUUCAAGAUAUUUAUAAGAAAGACUAACUAAUCUCCAAUCAGCAGAUUUACUUGGUUAAAUUAAACAAUGGACAUAUAGACAACACGAAGCUAGUGUUAAAAUACAGUGAAAUAUUUUUGAUAAGUUUAAUCUUCACAUUGAAGUUAACCAAAGCAUUUUAGCUACAAAAAGUGUCUUAAAACUCCACUCAAAGUGUCUUAAAACAACUUGCGAAACUGGUUUCUAAUGAAAAUAGGGGCGAGCAGUAUUCUUGAAUAGGAUCAGAAAGAUCCGGUUUUAAUUUCGCACUUUGUGAUCGCGACAUUUUUCUAAAUCAAUGUUUUUUAGUUUGGGAGUUUUGGAGAUAAAUAUAAAGCUAUGGCACAUCCACACUGCAUCAGUUUGUUUUAGAAUCUUGUGGAAUGAAGAUACUAUACCUGACGUUACUCGCAGCGAUCGUGUGUGGAGUUUUUGGUGUCGGUUAGUUUGUUGCAGCUUUGAAUUCGAGAAGAUAUUUGAGGCUGAAAGUUGUAUUUUUUUCUGUUUGUGUUUAGAUGAUGGUUUAAUGAUUCCGCAUGAAAGGACAACUAUCGACGAUUGUAAAAUACGUUACUACGCGGACAUUUCGGUAGGCUUUAGUGCUCCUUCAUUGGGAUACAUAUCAUCGCGUCUUGAGCAUACCCACGCAGCAGCUAUCGGUUGGCUGAACGAAAAAGGCAAAAUUGAGUUUGGCUGCGGUGGUUCACUCAUAUUGGAAAGCUUCGUUCUUACAGCAGCACACUGUAUGGAUAAUCCAAAUACACUCGAAAGACCAUCAAUAGUUCGAUUAGGCGAUCGCAAUCUGAUACACAGUAAGGAUUCUGAAUAUGCACAACAAAUAAAAAUAAGAGAUAUAAUACCUCAUCCAGGAUAUAACAGCACAACUUCCCAUUUUGACAUUGCCAUACUGGUGUUGGAAGAACCUGCAAGAAUAAACUUUGGAGUUAUACCGGCGUGCCUGUGGCUAGACGAUGAACUUCCCUUCCCGUCACUUUAUGCCGCUGGCUGGGGAGCAAAUGGGUUUGAUAAAAAACCCAACAACUAUCUCGUGACAGCGUGGCUUUCCCCCGUGAAAAAUGAAGAAUGUAUAGUUAAACUUACAGGUCGGGUUCCCCGAAUGAAACUAGCCAAUGGUAUAAUCGAUCACCAGCUAUGCGCAGCAGGUAUCGAAAUGGACACUUGCAAGGGAGACUCUGGAGGACCUCUGUAUAGCAAACUAAAUUUUGCAAACAAACUAGUUCCAUUUCUUGUCGGCGUGACGUCGUAUGGCGGACCAUGUGGAUUUUCGCAGCCGGGUGUGUAUGUGCGGGUGUCCAAAUUUAGAGAUUGGAUUAUCGAAACGAUACGACAGUUUAAUCCAUCGGUGACUGCAUCCACGUUUGACCCUAUGAGUUGUGCAAAAAGAAACCUUUUCUUCCGUGAAGCCGAUAAGCGGACGAUGUUCCAAGAGAGAGAGCCAAACAGUGUGCAGCUUAUAUAUCCGCAACAACCGUCUCGUGUCGAUUGUGGAGGCAUUUUGGCUGAGCCUGAUGCUGUUAUAACGUUGGCCACUUGCGUGAAAUUGAAUGGUGCUGAUCCUACCCUCGUAAAGUUGUUCGAUUCGGAGGUGAUUGAUGUAAAUGAUAUUGUUUACCAUCCAAAUUUUGGGGGACAUCUUCAAAAUAAUAUUGCAAUUAUAAAGCUUAAGCGCUUUUCCAACUUUCGUCCGCAUUGCAUUGAGUACGAUGUACCAAAAGAUUGGCUUUUAGAGCUUCCCGUAAUUAUCCCUACUCCCCUAAACAUUGUCAAAAAACAAACACCGUUCACGUAUAAACCUGCGAGGUCGCAGGCAAUAUUAUUCGAGAAUCCCAAAUGCAGUAAUAUUACGCAAUCCUUUGGUGCGUCACCUCAAGGUUUACCAAGAGAGCUAAAACAGCGAGUUUUGCCAACUAUCAGUCUGUCGCACCUGGUGCAUGUCAUCCUGUGUUGGGUGGACCCAUUUACACAUCUCUUUCUAAAUUUCCCUAUGGUUUAAACCUUCCCGGGCGCGAAUGUGGACUCGGAAAACCCGCGGUGGGUUUGCUGCUUAAGUCCUACAAAUCAUGGUUCGAAUCAGUCUUUCUACCAAGGAAAGGUCAAGGAGGAACCGGCUUGACUGCUGCCUCGGUAUCCAGUGCUGCCUCGCUAUCGAGUGCUGCCGCGGUGUCCAGUUUUUAUCAUAAUCCAAACCAGGGAGAUCAAAGUGUUUUCAAUGGAGUGAAGGGUGUGUGUGUAUCAGUUGGUAGCUGCUCCACCCAAACAAUAACGAUCCAGAACAGCUUUCUUUUGUGCAAGAGUAGCUCGUAUGUUUGUUGGCCGUUCCAGCUCCAAUCGACUGAAAUAUAUCUAGAAUUUAAUGAAUGUGAGACACGCUACCAACAAUUUAGGUUGGAGCGACAGAAUCGAUGGCGAAACGAUGAACACACGCUUCAAUAUUCACACACGGCUGCGAUAGGACUUCAAAAUGCGACUGAAUUCAAACCUGUUUGUCCAGGAUAUCUUAUCAGUACUCGCGGUGUGGUUACCGCUGCUUCCUGCUUGGGCAAAUUAUCAAUCGAUCAAAUGAUGGUGCGCCUCGGCUGGCAUGGCGAGGAAAGCGAUCCUUCAACAAUCAGAUUUGAGCCGGUUCAUUCUAGAAACGUACAUCCAUUGUACAAUGAAACGACUGGAACGCACAACAUCGCUGUGAUAAAGCUAAAGAACGCUAUCCAACCUAACGUUCAUUUGUUUCCUGCCUGCUUAUGGCGGAAUAGAUUAGAGUCACCAGUAAUGCAACGCAUACUAUCCGAUGAGUUUGAAGGGUUUGAACUAAUACACCCGCUAUACAAAACGGACUGCGAGAAACGUUUGAAUUGUCCGCCGCUACCACAGGAAAUCGCUUGUAUGCGUAUUGCGGAUAACAACUGUGCGCUACCAGUAUCGAGAGAAUACGCUUGCAACGAUCGCUUGAAAUUAAAAUUAAAGAAAAACUGCUACCAGGCUGGCAAUCCUAUUGUGUGGAGAAAGAAAGACCAUACCGGCAUUACCGAAUACCUGUUGGGUGUCUACAGCAUCGGAGAUUGCAAAUCGGAAGUUUCGCUGCACAUUGUGCAGCGGGUGGCAUUCUACAUCGACUGGAUUGCUAAAGUGCUGCUUUGAAAUCUUGUACCUUGUAUACUUGUAUCUUGUGUUUGGUUGUAGUGCAAAUAAAUGAUACAAUUUGAGCAAAAAGAUCAUUUUCAUUCAUUGUUUCAGGGACAGCUGUUCCUGAGUGUCAUACAAUUCGUUGAACCACAUGUCACAUUGUUUAGUUAAUGAUUCGG